AUAAUUGUUUAGCAAUAAAUGGUUCAGAAAUAAAUUGUUUUUCUUGUUUUUGCUAUGGUUGUCAUGUGACUUCAAUCAGCUGUUAAGGCUUUUUGCGGUUUCCUUGAUAAUUUGUUUUUCUCAAUUCAGUUUCUAUUUUGAAGUGUAGUGUUUAGAAUCGGCCUGUAUUUUUGAUCUAUUUUGGUUUUAUCUUAAACGAUAAUUAAUAUUUAAAACGAGAGGAUGAGUAAUAUUUAUAUUCAAGAGCCUUCAACCAAUGGAAAGGUUAUCCUGAAAACUACUCUGGGUGAUAUUGACAUUGAACUUUGGUCUAGAGAAGCUCCGAAAGCAUGUCGGAACUUUGUUCAACUAUGUAUGGAGGGUUAUUACAACAAUACGAUAUUUCAUAGAGUUAUAAAAGGGUUUCUCGCUCAAGGAGGAGAUCCGACAGGCACUGGAUAUGGUGGAGAUUCCAUUUAUGGAGAAGGAUUUAAAGAUGAAUUCCAUUCAAGAUUACGCUUCGUUCGCAGGGGUCUUCUGGCAAUGGCUAAUGCAGAAAAGAACGCCAAUGGAUCUCAAUUUUUCUUUACUCUUGGCCCAUGUCCACAUCUUCAAGAAAAGCACACAAUUUUCGGGAAAGUUGCUGGCAAAACAUUGUAUAAUAUGAUAAAAUUUGACGACUUACAAGUGGAUCAAAAUGAAAAGCCGCUAUAUCCACCAAAGAUAAUUUCAACGGAGGUUGUUUUCAAUCCUUUUGACGAUAUAAUUCCUAGAAAGAUCGAAGCUAAAAAAACGAAUAAAAAGGAAGAAAGGCCCAAAGUAAAAGGAACCAAAGAUUUUAAAUUACUCUCUUUUGGUGAUGAAGCUGAGGAAGAAGAAGAAGAAAUAAGUGAAAUUAUAACAAAAUUCAAAGGAAAAAGUAAAAGUAGCCAUGAUUUGUUGAAUGAUCCAAAAUUAAGUUCAGUUCCAGCUGUUGAACCUUCUCUAACUCUCAAUAAUCGAAAGAUCAAAGGUGACAUCGAUGACAGAAUGGAGGAAGAUGAUUCAACUAGUGAUGAUGAAAGCAAGAAAAGCUCAAAACUAAAUAAAUUGAAAAAGAUUAAAGAUAAAUUUAAACAUUCUUCGUUUGGUGAAGGAAAAUCAACAGACAAAUCAACCACAGAUCCAUUCGGUGAAGGAACAUCAAAAGAUUUUAAUGAAGAGCAAAAUGAAGAAGACGAAACGAACCCUGGAUCUAAAUUAGAUAAAAUUAAAAAUGAGUUCAAACUUUUAAAGAAACAAAUGAAGGAGCGAAUAAAGAAGACGGUAACCACUGAAAACCCUUUCUUUUCAAGUGAUCAACCUGAUGCUGUGAUUGAGUUCAAGAAAGAAAUAGACCAAUUCAAAGCAUUACAAAGUAAGGAUAAGAAGAAACGAGCCGAAAAAAAUUUAUCCAUUUUUGAAAAAUUCCAAGCAAAAAUAUCAAAUAUUGAAGGUGAUUCAGAUGAUGGUACACUUAGUGAUUUGUUUAAACAUAAAUUGGUCAGCGAAGAAAGUGAGCCUGUUCUAGCAAAAGAUGCUAAUAUAAGGAAGGAGGCUGAAUGGUUUGAUAUUUAUGAUCCAAGAAAUCCAGUUAAUAAACGUCGACGUGAAGCCGAUAAAGAAAGUGAAUCUAAAUCAAGUAAAAAAGCGCACCGCAGUAAAGAGAAACAAUAAAUUCGCUCAACAUCUUAUCAUUUGGAUUGGUUAAAAUACAAAGCCUUAAUCUGGAAAACUCCAACAAAAACUGUUGAAACUUACAUCGAGUUGAUGAUGUCUACUUGUAACCAGUUUCAAUGAACAAUUAAUUGACUUUUCUAUGCAGCAAAUGGAGAGUUGAGAAUGAUUUUAUAAUUUAAAUUCAUCUCCUCACCUUGAACAUCAAAUGAUAAUGGUGUUUGAUAUUGCAACGAUAUUUUCAUUUUCACCAGAAGAGGACAAAGCUAUAAAGAACACAUAUAAAGAUGAUAGAACAAGUUGAAGAAUGAACAAAAUAACGAAGAGAGUAAAGAAGGAGGAGAAUAGGUGAAGACGAAGAAGAUAGACUUACCCUGGAAGGAGGGAGGGAAAGAUGAAAAUAGUGAAACAGUAAUUUGAACAAAUUGUUAUUGAGGAUUACCUGGAAGAUGCUGCCUGUUUUCCUGCGAUAAGCUUUGAAAAGGAAGCCUGAAAAAGUGAGAUAAUCAUGGACCAAUGCUUCCGGAGACAAGCUCUUUACGCAUUCACUUUCUUUGGCAAACUGUUUAUUCACAAAUAUAAAGGUUGUUAAAAGAUAGAGAAUCAAAUUAAUCAAUUGAAUUUGUUUUUUUUACCUUACAAAUCAAUUGGUUAUUUCCUUUGAAAAUUCAACUCCACCAGUUGUGCUUACAUCAAAGUCCAAUCACAAGCUCAUCGCAGCCUCAUCUUCAUCUCCUAAACCUGCCAUAAUAAUUUAUCCUUUUUACCCAUCUUUAUGACAAAUAAUUUCAAUUCUCAUCACCUUUUGAUCAUUGAUUAUAUCAACCAAUUAUGUAUAGUUAAUCUUGUAAACAAAUUACAACUGUAAUAAAUUGUUUAAUCCAUGCCUUGGUUUAGUUUUCACGUUUAAA